AUGAAGAUUAACACUAUGACAUUUCGACAUCUCAGUGCCCCAUGCAAGAUGACCACGCCAACAGGAAGACGUGUGAAGUUUAACAAGGCUAAAAAGGUGGAGCAGCAGUGUUGUGAAAUACAAGAGGAGUUUUAUGAACGCGCUAUCCAGCUGGAAGAACAGGCGGAGCGCUGGGUGCUUUCGGAUGUUGUAAAAUCUUUGCGAUUCUACUCUCAAGCCUACAUAGCGUAUGAGCAGGGCCUCUGUGCCCGAGAUGCAACUGAUAAUGGCACAUACAAUAUCUUGUACAACCAGUCGCGGAUGCUUCUGAAGGUCUUCUGCGAGUAUCGAGCCGCGGACGACUACAUUGACCUUUUGAGAUACGUAAACAUGGAUACGGUCCCAGAAGCUAGUAAUGUCCUUCUUCCACUCCCAGCUAUCGUCGCAAAAUUCGAGUCCGCCGUGGCACGGUUCCCCGAGAAGUGCGGCUGGGACCUGUAUUUCAACCUGCUGACAUGUUUCCUGCUCUACCUUGAAGCUGUGGACAACGUGGCGGAGUUUGAGGCAUCCUAUGCCAGGUUUGAGGCGACGGCUUAUGUGUUAUUGCAGCACAUGCAACGUGAAAUAGAGUCACUAGAGCGUCGCCCAUCAGAAGAAGCGCUGUCGCCGCCCGCGGACCAGCCCAUGGAGGUCUCGACGGGAAGCCUCGCCACGGAGGUCGUCGAAAUGAUGGAUAGCGCGUCUCCACAGGACCUUUUGGACUCACUGGUCCUGAUAUAUAGGGUUGUGCAGUUUGCACUUGAGGCGGCUCUCGACGGAACUCGUUUCGGUUCGCCCGACCCCGCUUUUCGCGACCGCCUGGUUCUCUGCGCUUCCCGUUUGCGCAGCAAUGUGGAGAACGCGUACAACUUCGCCUGUGGACUGGCCGGCGCAGACACGCAGGAGCUACGCCUCGGCCGCCACGCGCUUGAAUGCCUUGACGCGCUGCUCUCCGGCGACCUGGCCCGCUUCGAGACGCUCCUGCAGUCCGCGGCUCCCACAGAUAUCGACGCGCAGCUUCACAAUGUGGAUCUGCUCGAGACCGCGACUACCUCCGUACAAGAUAUGGACACCCUCUGGAAACUCUGUGGCGUACUAGACAGAACGCUGCGCACGUGCCAGGACCUACUCACCACAGAGCGCUCCCGCAUGAUAUCUACUCAAAGCGAUUUGCAUCUUCUAAGCCGCACUGUCUUUCGCCUGUGCGACGUUCUAACCCGUCGCGCAGAUAACGAGGUGCAUCGGCUCUUCAUCCAGAAACAAGGUGCGGCAGAAACACAAACCCUACGCAUACUGUACAAGAAUGCUCGAACACUACUUGCAAACUCCGUUGCCUAUGCACAGAAGUCCUGCGGAUUCCGCGAGUAUGUCACAGAUAAACUCAAGCGCAACUAUGUCUACCACCAGGCACAGCGAAGGCUGCUUUUUUUCGAUGGGCACGGCGGCGAAUCCACAGAAGCCCAUACAGCCGUGCAAGAGGUGAUGCAGCAACAUACAUACUAUUGCGUAUUGCCGUCAGCCGAGCUCCAGGCCAUGGCAGACACGUCGGGCUAA